AAGGCGAGAGGAAAAAAAAAAAGAUCAGACUUUUUAAAUGUUUGGGAUUCAAGAUACUUUAGGAAGAGGCCCGGCUCUGAAGGAGAAAGCUCUGGGCGCCGAGAUGGAUUCGGUCAGGUCCUGGGUCCGGAACGUCGGGGUCGUGGACGCCAAUGUGGCCGCGCAGAGCGGGGUGGCCCUGUCCCGGGCCCACUUCGAGAAGCAGCCUCCGUCCAACUUAAGGAAAUCCAACUUUUUCCAUUUCGUGCUGGCGCUGUACGACCGGCAGGGGCAGCCGGUGGAGAUCGAGCGCACGGCCUUCGUGGACUUCGUGGAGAACGACAAAGAGCAGGGGAAUGAGAAGACCAACAAUGGCACCCACUACAAGUUACAGCUCCUGUACAGCAAUGGUGUUAGAACGGAGCAGGACCUCUAUGUGAGGCUCAUUGACUCGGUCACCAAGCAGCCCAUAGCUUACGAGGGACAAAAUAAGAAUCCUGAGAUGUGCCGAGUUCUCCUGACUCACGAAGUCAUGUGCAGUCGGUGUUGCGAAAAGAAAAGCUGCGGAAACCGAAAUGAGACCCCCUCCGACCCGGUUAUCAUCGACAGAUUCUUUUUAAAAUUUUUCCUCAAGUGCAAUCAGAAUUGUUUGAAAACAGCGGGAAACCCCAGGGACAUGAGACGGUUUCAGGUGGUGUUGUCGACCACGGUGAAUGUGGAUGGACACGUGCUGGCUGUCUCGGACAACAUGUUCGUCCACAACAACUCCAAGCACGGGCGGAGAGCGAGGAGGCUCGACCCGUCUGAAGCUACCCCCUGCAUCAAAGCUAUCAGCCCGAGUGAGGGCUGGACCACGGGCGGUGCUAUGGUCAUCAUCAUUGGUGACAACUUCUUCGAUGGUCUCCAAGUGGUGUUUGGCACCAUGCUCGUGUGGAGCGAGCUGAUAACCCCCCAUGCCAUCCGUGUGCAGACCCCUCCCCGGCACAUCCCUGGCGUUGUGGAAGUGACAUUAUCUUACAAAUCCAAACAGUUCUGCAAAGGAGCACCGGGAAGAUUCAUUUACACAGCACUCAAUGAACCCACCAUUGAUUACGGCUUCCAGAGGCUGCAGAAAGUCAUCCCCAGGCACCCUGGGGAUCCUGAGAGAUUAGCGAAGGAAAUGCUGUUGAAGAGAGCUGCUGACCUUGUGGAGGCCCUCUACGGCACACCCCACAAUAACCAGGACAUCAUUUUGAAGCGAGCUGCAGACAUCGCGGAGGCUCUGUACAGCGUCCCCAGGAACCCCAGUCAGAUCCCAGCUCUCUCCAGCUCCCCAGCGCACGGUGGCAUGAUGGGCAUCAAUUCUUACGGCAGCCAGCUAGGGGUCAGCAUCUCAGAGUCAACACAAGGAAAUAAUCAAGGUUACAUUCGAAACACAAGCAGCAUCUCCCCGCGGGGUUACUCCUCCAGCUCCACACCUCAGCAGUCUAAUUACAGUACCUCCAGCAACAGUAUGAACGGCUACAGCAACGUCCCCAUGGCCAACCUGGGUGUGCCGGGAUCCCCGGGAUUCCUGAACGGCUCCCCCACCGGCUCCCCUUACGGAAUCAUGUCCUCCAGCCCCACCGUUGGCUCGUCCAGCACGUCCUCCAUCCUCCCGUUUUCCUCUUCAGUUUUUCCUGCUGUGAAACAGAAGAGUGCCUUCGCCCCUGUCAUCAGGCCCCAAGGCUCCCCGUCCCCAGCCUGCUCCAGUGGAAAUGGAAAUGGAUUCAGAGCCAUGACCGGACUCGUCGUGCCCCCGAUGUGAAGCAGAGCGAGUCCUGCUUUCUCAUAGCACAAAACUACUUAUUCUGAUGGACCAAUAAUGAGGAAAGCACUCUGAGCUCUUUGGGGGAGAGUUGCGUCCCCCCCCCCCAAGUGGACGUGAUGGACAGAUCUGGGAAGGCAAAAUCCGUCAUCUUUCUUGGUCUCACAUUUCUCCUGUAGCUUUGCCAAUAGCUACACAAACUGACCCCUUUGGGGACCAGGACAAAAGAUGUCAUUGACAUGGUCAGUGCUGAGAGCAGAAAUGCAAUGCUUUGUUAUGAACAUUAUGGGGGGGAAAGAAAACCACCUUCCUGUGUUUGUAAAAUAUUUAAGAAAAAAAUUGGCAAACAAUUCAUGCUUAAUAUUUUGGAUACUAUUUGUUUUUCUUUGUAGGAAAAAAGUUGAAAGUUUCUAUUUUCUAUGAAGCCUUUCAGAUACCAAUUUAGUUUAUGCAGAAAAAAAAAACCAUUGAACAAAACAGGGUACCAGCAUGGAAGACUUUCUUAAAAAAAAAAAAAAAAAAAAGAAACCUGAAUUGAAUGAUGAAAUGUUGUAUGUGUGUUUCCUUAUAGUUUAAUCUCUUAAAAAAACAAAAAAGGGAAAAUUUUAAAAUGUUUUACAGUUAUUUAAAUAAAUAAACGUGUAACUUAUUGUAAGUAGCAGUAGAAAUUAAGGCCUUUUUUUUCUUUAAAGAAGAGAGCCAUUUCUCUUUCUGAUGUAAAAAGGAAACGAAUCAAACCUGUAGUGACAAGUCUUAAAGGUGUGUGAUUGUAACUACAGUUACUUAUUGGA